GCAUCACUUAAGUUUCCAACAUAGUGUGAGCAAAUUGUCAAUUUUUAAAGCAAGCUUACAAUGAGUGCAAGCAGACCGAAGACUGGCCAGAGGCCCAUAGGCACAGCCGCGGGUCGACAGCCUGGCACAGCUACAAGACUGACAACUGCUAUGAACCCAACAACAGCGCGGCCUGGGACCAGGGGUGGUGCUGCUGCCGCAGGUGUAGCAUUGAAUGCUCAGGUGACCGUUGUUGAUCGACCCAUGACACAGCAAGGCUUGGGUGGCAUGAAAACAGCAGCAAAAGGUAUGAGACAGGUGCAUGAUCGUACAUACUACCUGGGUCUUGUGAGGAGCAAGGUGAAUGAGCUCAACUCUGAAAUCACAAGACUGAACAAGGAGAUUGAGAACAUCAGUGAGGAGAACUCCAGCUAUCUCACAUAUGAGAAAAGAGCGGAGAUUUUGGCGAGUGAGAUCAAAGAUCUGCAGGGAGAACUGGGUGACUACAAUACGUUGGUGGACAAGCUGACCACUGAUGAGGACAUCCAAGAUGUUGAGUUUGAUCUCAAUGAUCUCAGAACAGCCAAUGAGAGAGAGGCUAAGAAAAUAGAAGAUCUCUUUGAAGUUAAAAAGAAGAAAGAGGAGACCAUCAAACAGCUGGAACAUGAGUUGGACCAGGAGAAGAGAAUGGCUGAUAAUCUGGUCAAUGACAUGAACCCGGAGAUGCGUCAGAAAUAUUUCCGGCUGAAAGACAUGAACGAGCACAUGUUGAAGCAGUUGGAGAGUGGACAGCAGGAGCUUGAUGUGCUCAACUCGAAGACAGAGGGGCUACAGGAGGAGCUGUCGAUGUCGCAGGUGAAGCAGGAGGCGGUGCGUCUGUACGAGCAGCUGAACGAGCUGGAGAUGAAGCGAGACAGCCUGAUAGAGGAGGCCAAGUCCACGACGAGUCCUGCUGAGGAGCGCGAGAAACUCCUCAAGCAGGUCAAGGAAGACAACCAGGAGAUUGCAAGCAUGGAAAGACAGACCAAUGAGUUCCGUGAGAAGACUGACUCUCUACGGGAGGAGAUACACCAACUAGACAUGGACAUCGAGGAGAACCAGGGGGAGAGAAAUCAGAAAUACAAGGAACUGAAGAAACGUGAGGAAACAAUGGAGGAAUUCCUGACAACAUUUGAAACUGUGAAGUCUCAAGAACAUCAAAAGAUUGGAGAGCUGGAGCAGAAUGUUGUCAGUCUGCUGGAGCAUAUCAGUAGGAACAUGGGCCGGUUCCAAGCCCUGCCCAGUCAGAAUGAGCUGGCUGAAAUGAAGGAAGACCUGGCCUUCAAGGAGGGGGAGAUGAAGAAGUCAGAGUACACAUCCAUGGGGCUGGCUCAUGAGAACGAGAAGCUGAGAGAAGAUCUGGAGAAGGUAGAACAGUUGGAGGACAAGAUCCAGACAGAGCUGGCCAUGCUGAGGGAGAAGAUAGCCAACAUGGAGGCUGAACUGGUCACCUUCAGAGACCUCGACUCACUCCAGAGGAAAUCUGAUGAUAAGAAACAGAAACUGCAAGCUGACAGAGUGAUUCUACAGAAGAGAAAGGAAACAUUCAAACGGAACUUGAAGCAGCUCAAUGCCACAUAUGAAAAACUCAAGUCUGACUUGAAUGACAACGAGACAUACACACAGCUUGGUAACCUGGAGAGGAAGUGGCAGCACCACGAGCAGAACAACUUUGUCAUGAAGGACUUUAUCAAUGCCAAGACGAUGGAAUGCAACUAUCGGCCAAUCAGCAAGCGGGUUUUUGUUGGGGUCGGCGAGUACAAUGCCCAGCUACAGUCACAGAUGGCAAACAACCCUGGAGUGUAGGACUCAUUCACACUGUGCUUGUUUUCUGUGAACAUUCGGAAACUUUAAAUGUUAGAACUCUGAUUUAUGAUUUGUUUUAUCUUGUGCUGGACCAUUUCUUCAGCUAUAUUGCUUAUUGAUUUGAAGUACCCAAUAAAUACAAACUGAUUGGGUAGAAGUCUUCUUUUAGACUUAAAAAUUUAUCUGAUAUUGUUAUUGUUUUUAAAUACUAAAACAUAGAAAUAAUAAUAACUUUAAUAACUUGUCAGAAGCUUAUGAAUUCUAAUUGUGUUAAGUUUAAUAGUAAAAUCACCAACUGAACUGAAUUUAUAAUUUAUUGUUAAACAAACACAACUUUGAAACUGUAAGAAUGUCCAUUUCUAUCUGGUAUGAUUUCAACAAGCAUGUAAACUUGCGUCUAGCAAUUUGAUUAAUUACCUAUAUUACGUAUGCAUUGAACACAAACUGAAUGUUCCAUGUUCUUGAAUGCUGUUUUAUACCAGAUAAUUACAUGAAUCGUUCACAACGUUUACCAGUAUGUAAACAAGAGUACAACAACUUUAAUAUAAUCAAUUCAUAAGCAAAACAAUUAUCGUUAAAGUAAUUGAUUGUACUGAAUACGUUUAAUUAACCAUACUGACUCGGCGUUACAUGUGUAUUUCAUGUGUUUGAUUAUAAUUAUAGUUAAACCGUCCAUCUCAUUGCUAUAAGAUCUGUGAUAGACAUGUGUAUAUUUAUUAUUUCUUUUGAUGGUGAAUAAAUACAUUUAAAUGUA